GGAGUGGCUCGCAGGGCGGUGCCCGGCAGGCCUCGGCCGAGCCGGGGCCCCGCACCGAGUUCUGCGGGUGCCGAGGGAACGCGUGGCGGGCUGGAGGGGCGGGCACGGCAGCGGGGCCGGCGCUGGGGAAGGCCAGAGGUCCGCCUUCCGGCCCGAAGUUCCCAUCAGACCGAGCCCAAAAGUUGCUGCACGCACGAAGGGCAGAGACCCGCACUCCCCUGGAGGAAGCGGGAGGCGGGGAACGGGGCGUGCGGCUCUGCGCCGGGCGUCCCCUCUGGCCGUGGCGGGGGUCUCAGGACGGGCUUCCCGCGCGGGAGCCGCGGCAGGUGCAGCACGGUCCCGGGUACCCCCGCCCUGCAGCCGUCGCUAGGGGGCGUGGCCGCGCGCCGCGUGAGAGGCUCGCGCCUCAUGAAUAUUCUGGUAUGCAGAUGAGGCCCCGCCCGGUUGCCAUGGCUCCCGGGCCGCAGCCCCGCGGCCGGAAGAACUGGCGGAGUCGGAGAGCGCCGCGGCCGCGGGCACCCAGGGCCGAGCCCCGGGCUGGGCACCCCGGCGCCCCGCAGGUGCCGCUCGGGACCCAUGCCACCCCCUUGCCCUGAUGUCUGACCCACAGCAGAAGGCAGCUGCCUGCAGCAGGUUAGACGUGGAUGGACGCAGGCUGGGAUGGAUCCUGUGGGCCGCGGCCAAGCUCAGCCAGCGUCCAGGUGCGGGAGCUGAGCUGGCAGGGCCUGCACAACCCCUGCCCUCGCAGCAAGGGCCCGGGCGGCCGCAGGGGCAGCCAUGGGGAGCAGCUGGUGGAGAAGCACCUGUCCCCGGCCCGGCUGCGAGCCCUGGCCGGGGAGGACGACCUUCAGCUGGUGCGGGUGCUGGAGAUGUGCGUGGACACGCGGGAGAGCAGCCUGGGGAACUUCGGAGUGCACCUGCCCAGCCUGAACCAGCUGAAGUUGAAUGGCAGCCGGCUGGGCUCCCUCAGAGACCUGGGCUCCUCCCUGGGCCGCCUGCAGGUGCUGUGGCUGGCCCGCUGCGGUCUGGCUGACCUGGACGGCGUCGGCUCCAUGCCAGCACUGAAGGAGCUGUUCGUCUCCUACAACAACAUCUCGGACCUGAGCCCGCUGUGCCUGCUUGAGCACCUGGAGGUGCUGGACCUGGAGGGCAACAGCGUGGAGGACCUGGGGCAGGUGGGCUACCUGCGGCUGUGCCCACGGCUGGCCACGCUCACCCUGGAAGGCAACCUGGUGUGCCUGCGGCCGGACCCCGGCCCCGCCAGCAAGGUGCGGCCAGCGUGCGUGCGGGAGGGGCCGUCCCACAGGCCAGAGACCCCUGCCCCCUCUGCCACAGUGGGCUCCCUGUGAGCUCGGCGUCUUCUGUCUCUGGAGGCUUGCCA